AUGGCGACUACAGAGAAGAAGGAGAAGCCCAAAAAGGUCACUCCAUUGCUCGAGCUGCCCAAAUGCUCCAAAACUACUCCCUCACCUGACCCAGAUGAAUAUGGCGACAUGAUUACCGUUGUGGUCGGUUCCGGUGAGGAGAUGCGCAAAUUCUACACCUACAAAGGCCUUCUUGCCCACUACUCCACCUACUUCAAAGCUGCCCUAAAAGACGAAUGGAGAGAAGGGGCUUCUAAAACCGUCGAACUGAAGGAAGACAAUCCGGAGGUCUUCAAAGCCUUCUUCCAUUGGAUCCACACGGGAAAGCUCUACUUCGCGCUCGACGCUUCAGGGAAAAUCCCUCUGAGUCAGAUGCUCAUUUGCGAGAUCUUUGUUUUUGGCGAUGCACGCGGAAGUCCUGAUCUCUGCAACACCGCAAUCGACGUGCUUCUUCAGAAGACACAUCAGGAGUGGAGAGUCCCGCUCGCCGAAGCUCCCUAUGUGUACCAAAACACCCUUCCAGGAUCAGCUCUUCGUAAAUUUCUUGUGGAUGACGCCGUCGAAACUUAUCGAUUCGAGAGGCUUUCAGACCCGAGCCAGCGAGAACAUGAGUUGCUACGAUGGCCCCAAGAGUUCCUUGCCGAGAUUGUCGUAGCAUUCGUGGCUCUUGGAUCGACUCCCAUUCCGUCAUCGGCAGGUUACGGAACCUUGUCUUACAACAAGAACAACUGGGUUACAUACAUCAAGCCUUUGAUAUGUUCAAGGUAUCACGAUCACCCAGCACCUCCGGCUUGA